AUGGGCAUCCCUCGCAGCAUCCUCGUCAUCGAAGCCGGUGAACUAGGCACAUAUAUUCUAAGAGCCCCAGCCCACCAUCCUCACAGGUACGAUACAACCAUCUCAACCCUACUUCGGGAGAGCUCUCAUAAUGCCAAAGAGCCGAGCAAAGCGGAUCGCAUCGAGAGCUUCCGCAAACUAGGAAUUACCUUUACUCCUAGCGACCUCACCCUCGACUCCAAAGGCAAACUCACCUCAAUCUUGAUUUGCGAAAGAAUAUAA